AUGUGGAUGGUUGUUAUUCAAAUAAUCGUCGGUCUUCUCCUUGUUUUUCCAUACGUUGAAUCAUUGCCCCCUGAUAUCACUGGUCUCCCUUCCUCCAUAAACCUGAUAGAAAGCGCCACAGGGAGCACGACUACCUCCCUAUACACUCUCAAUGUUACAGACCCAGAAGGGGACUCUUUCAACUGUGUUAUAACCCCAGCUGUCACUGGGUUCCAAGUUACCGCAAACAAAUUGUAUUUGGUGACAAACCCAGGAUUUGAAUACGAUACAACCUCAUCUUAUGCCAUCGGCUUCCAAUGCACCGACGUCAAUUCCGAAACAUCAACGACACAAACGUUGACCGUCAACAUUCUACCCAACACACCGCCCACGAUUUCGGGACUCCCAACAUCUGUACAGGUUAAUGACGGCGAAAAUGGGCCGAAGAAAAUCUACGAUAUUACCGUCUCCGACGUUGAGAAUGAUGCUUUCUCGUGCUCUCUGUCGCCGACUGGAACCCCAUUCAAUUACCAAUCCACCCCAGGACAUUCGAUUCAUUUGAAUAGUGCUCCCGGUCUCAAUGCAGGAACUACUGCCUCUUACACGCUUACAAUAACGUGCGCAGAUAGCUUUGGCGCAUCACAGGGCACAUUGACUGUAAACGUCAUAGCUAACGGUGCACCUGACAUCACGAAUUUACCCGCCACUAAAACUGUACAGGAAAGUGACGCUGGAGGAUCUAGUAUUUUUACUAUAGCUGUCUCCGAUCCCGAGAGUGAUACUUUUAGCUGUGCCAUGUCUAGUGCCCCAGCGACAACUGCUUUUUCCUUAACUUACACCACACAAUACGAUAUCAAUCUCAACGCUGGACACGGAUUGGACCCAGGUGUGGUCAACUCUUACACUCUUACCGUCACAUGUACGGACAGCAACAGCAAGGCCUCCUCGUCCACUCUGACUGUGACUGUAUCCCCCAAUGCAGUCCCAGUCAUUACAAACCUGCCAACAACAGUCAAUGUAAACGAGGGCGAGACAGCCAAAACGGAACUCGUAGCUCUGACUGUAACAGAUGCUGAGUCUGAUUCUUACACGUGUUCAAUGACAACUACAGGGCCUUUUAGUAUAGAAUACGUAACGACACAAUAUAAGAUAUAUCUGAACGCUGCCCCUGGACUAGAUUACACUUCGACACCCUCCUAUUCCAUACCUGUAACUUGUUCUGACAACUAUGGUUCUAGCACUGCAAAGUCCUUAACUGUAAAUGUUAUUCAAAAUGCUGGACCGGUCUUCUCCGGACUUCCGGCUGCUGUGUCCGUUACUGAGAGUGACGCCGGCGGAAGUAGUAUAUACACAUUGACCGUCACAGACACAGAUCCGUACACGUGUUCAAUCCAAUCAUCAUCACCAGCUACUACUUUCUUUUCAAUGGUGAAAACUGGGACUCAAUAUGACGUUCAUCUAAAUAGCGGGCAUUCCCUGGAGCACGACACAGUGUCAUCUUAUGGACUUACCUUACAAUGCACUGAUGGAACAGCGUCCACUGGAGUGUUAACAGUAAACGUGCAGUCGAACACGCCACCGGACAUUACAAAUCUUCCAGCCACAGCAAGCGUGGCGUCUGGGGAAGCAGGCGGUCGCACUCUGCAUACUCUUGCUGUGACAGAAACUGAUACGUACACGUGCACCAUGUCUAGUACACCGGCAAGUGCUCAAUUUACUCUGAACAAGGUUGGAGCAGCAUACAAAAUUGAUUUGGUAAGCAGCCCAACCUUUGGUGGAACAUCCUCCUUCACACUCUCAGUGACUUGUUCUGACAACUGGGGAUCUACUUCUAAAGAUCUUACCAUAAACGUGACACCUAACUCCGCUCCUGUUAUUACUGGAAUGCCAACAACUGUGACCGUCUCUGAAACUGCCACUGCAGCGAGCUGUUUACACACCGUGGCUGUCACUGAUCCAGAAACAGACACGAUCACGUGUGCAGUCACUUCAUCUCCUGCAGGUCCAUUUGAAAUGGUUCAAAACCCUGCUACACCGUCAUAUCAGGUUUGUCUUCUUUCAAAUGCAAUAGCGACUCUAGACGCCGUCACUGCUCCUACACAUGAUGUCACUGUCACUUGCACCGACAGUGCAGGUGGAUCUAGCAGUGCUAUUUUGUACGUUGAUGUGACAAAGAACGAACCUCCCGCUAUUACUGGAUUGCCAGUUACAGUUGAGGUUUUGGAAAAAGAGAUUGUGGAACGGAAACUUCACGACUUAACAGUAUCUGAUCCCGAAGGUGAUGCGUUAAUAUGUGUCUUAGCAUCAACACCGACAGGGGGGCCAUUUGAUUUGAGACGAGACGCUGUUACUCAAGCAUACUCAGUGUACUUGGAUAACCUACCUGGGUUGAACUAUUCAGCAGUUCCUAGCUACACUCUGACAAUCACGUGUACUGACUCACCAAAAGGUCGAUCAUCUAACCAAACUUUACAAAUCGAUGUCCUGGAAAACAGACCUCCAACGUUUACAAACCUUCCAGCUACUGGGUCUCCAAAUGCAAUGACAACUUUGAAAUAUGGUUCCAUGUUUACGGUUACUGCCACUGAUCUGGAUUUAGAUACUAUAUUAUACAGCAUGGAAAUAUCACCAAAAACGGACAGCUUUACUAUUAACCAAGUAACAGGUGAAAUAACAGCCACUAGGGACCUCAAGUAUGAGCUGACGCCUAACUUUGUUGUCAACGUCACAGCCUCAGAUUCUCGUCUGUCUACACACGCACUGUACACAAUCACUCUGACAAAUAUCAAUACGCAACCAACCAUAAGCAGUCUUAUUUUAAACGGAGUGACGAACCUUUAUUUUCCGGAACUAACAACAGCAGCCGGUGUAACACUGUACACACCCACAAUUUAUGACCCCGAUGCUGGACAAACACAAACUAUCACUAUGAAUGUUUAUCCUUCCGGACAAACCAAUAAGUUUAGAGUUACAGGAAAUAACAUUGCACUUGCAACUGGAGAAACCUUUGAUUAUGAAGAUCUGAAUUAUUAUCGAUUAGCUCUCUACGUUACUGACACUAUGGCCACAUCAGGGCCGUACUAUCUUGCAAUUCAUGUUCUGGAUGAACCGGAAGUCUGCAAUUUUCCACAGAACGUGUACAGAUAUGAUACGUAUGAAGCUGGUGUCGGAGGUGGCAAUAUUGAUGUAGGAUUCCAUGCCUUAGUAGAGGACAAAGAUAACCCGGAUAGCCAUACGUUCAGUCUUGUAGCUUCUACAAACAGCAAAUUGUUUAACAUAAGCAAAUCAACCGGUGUUAUUACGUAUGCUGUGGAUUACGACAUUGACAGAGCACAUCCACAAAAUCUCACAAUCGUUGUCAAAUGUACAGAUAAACAUGGCGAGACAGGUACCGCAACAGUUUCUUUGUACAUUAAAGAUGUCAACGACAAUGAACCAGAUUUUACGUCAUCGGGUUACGUUAUGGGAAUAAAUCAAUAUACAAAGGCUGGGACUAGAAUUGGAGCUGUCGUGGCCAAUGACAUCGACCAAAAUGAAAACGCUGAGGUUGAAUACGACGGAACAUCAGCAACAGGGUCCCAGUAUUUCAAAGUAAUGAAAGAUGGUUCGAUUUAUCUAACUCGUGAUAUUAAUUUCGACUAUGGUAUGACGCAUCGUGUACAUGUUGUGGCUGUGGAUCAUGGAAAGCCACAAUUGACAGGGACAUCUUAUGUGGAUAUCGUUUACAGAGAAUCUGUAACAACAUCCACAACGACAGCCGCUUCCACAUACCAGGACUGGUGGAGUAAGCCGGAAAAUGUGGCAAUGGUAGCCAUUUUAAGUGUUCUCGGAUUGCUCCUGUUAGCACUUCUCGCUUACUUAUUUUACCGCUGCUGCCUAGGACGCUCAUGUUCAACUCCAAACUGUAAAUGCUGUAAACCUGAACCGUCAAAUAAUCUCCGAAAAUUAAAGAACCCUGGACCAGAGAAAUUUAAACUCUGGGACGCCAAUGACCUAAACAAAAAGAGAGACCCCUUCUCAACUGCACAAAUGGAAGAGGGUUUGCCAGAAGCAAUGAAAAUGUGACAUCCUUAAGUCUUAGAAAUCCACCACCGUCGUGCCAAAGCUACAUGUACCUGUGAAAAUUCUUUGGAGUUUGUUUUCUAUUUAUUUGACUUGCUUUGUAUGUUGCAUGUUUGUUUGAAAUAAAAUUGUUACGUUUUUGAAA